AAGACACGAUUGGACGCGAUUUGUAGAAGCGAGAAGCGAUCGUCUGCACCAGCAGCAGUUUACACUAUGAUGUUUUCGCCAAUUCUUAAUUGGCGUUAGCAAUACAUAAUAUAUAUUACAUAUAUGAGUAUAAACGAGUUAUCUGAAAUUUUCUGCUUUCAAUAGCCAUAAGAUCAAUCUGGUGUAAACGUUCACCAACGUUCGGGAUUGGACGGCAAGGGUGUGUAAACUAGGCCUGUUAUGUAGUCCUUGUUCGCUCGAAAUUUUAUCAAGAGUCGUGAGUUAUUCAAAAAUGGUUACGUUUUAUUAAUCGAUAACUCUUAUAUGGUGAACAAGAUGUCAAUAUCCGAGCCAUUAGCAAUAGUGCAGUCAAAAUUUGUGUCCGGUGAAACUGUAGUAACCGCUACAGAAGCGUCUUUGAUACAAGGCUGGAUACAGUCGUCGAGAUAUAUCGCUCUCAUUUACAAAGGUACGACUCAUGCUUUAGCGAUUUUUCUAACUUCAAGAACGCCACCACAAGUGUACAGCGAUCUCACCCUGGAAGGAAUAUUACCUAUCGAUCAGGAUUUCAAAUGUAGCAUAGAUACUAAUGGACAAACACAGGAUGGCCUUGAUAUAUACAUGAAUAUUACAUCGAGAAAACUUCGUCUGAUAUUUGAAAUGAAACUCGGAGAAGCGACUAGUUCCUUAGUAUCAGAGAUAUUCCGAGCGAUCGAAGUAUAUCAGACGGCUAAAAGUCCAGCAGCGGAAUUUUCGUGGAUUGAAAAACUAACGAGAAGUACGAGAAAUCUGGCUACCGGAGGAAAAGACGCGCAGGAUGCUGUUGAUUCUCUACUCAAUCUUGAGAAUCAUGAUUUAGCGAUACCGAGACAGAGCAUCGCUUCGGGUAGAUCCCCAGUGGCUGCGAGAGAAUCAGUGGUACGAUAUCAGAUGGCCUGUAAGGAAGAUGAUUAUACGUAUAGUAAAACAUUUCGUAUACUUACUUGCACAUGGAAUGUAAAUGGACAACCCCCAAAUGGUAUUAAAUUGGAUCAAUGGUUGAGCGCGGACGAAACACCACCGGACAUAUAUGCCAUCGGAUUCCAGGAAUUAGAUUUGAGCAAAGAAGCAUUUUUAUUUCACGAAACUCCUAGAGAAGAAGAAUGGAGGCAGGUUAUAGUCAAUUCGCUUCAUCCUGGAGGGAUUUAUACGCAAGUCGCUCUUGUCAGAUUGGUGGGCAUAAUGUUGUUAGUAUAUGCACUCGAAACUCAUGUGCCGUUUAUUGAGAACGUAUGUACCGAUACAGUAGGAACGGGAAUUAUGGGAAAAUUGGGCAACAAAGGUGGUGUUGCGGUAAGCUGUUGUAUUCACAACACGGCCGUUUGCUUCGUCAAUGCUCAUUUAGCUGCACAUUGCGAAGAAUUUGAGCGACGCAACCAGGAUUAUGCCGAUAUUUGUGCGAGAUUAUCUUUCACGAAAUACGUGCCUCCUAAAAGUUUCAAGGAUCACGACCAGAUUUAUUGGUUGGGAGAUUUGAAUUAUCGAAUAACGGACAUGGAUGCUGCGACGGCUAAGCAGUUAAUUUCAGAUGGUAAUUACGCUCCCGUCCUAGCGUACGAUCAGCUUGGACACCAACGCAAAGCGGGACGUGUGUUUCAAGGAUUUCAGGAGGCCGAAAUUGAUUUUAAGCCUACGUACAAAUAUGAUCCAGGUACCGACAACUGGGAUUCAAGUGAGAAAUGCAGAGCUCCAGCUUGGUGUGAUCGAGUAUUAUGGAAGGGAGAUGUGAUCAAGUCGGUUAGUUACAAAAGUUACCCAGAGUUAAAGAUAUCUGAUCACAAGCCAGUUACCGCGAGUUUUGAUUCUCAAAUACGUAUUAUAGAUACAGCCAAGUAUCGUAAAAUCCAUGAGGAAGUUAUGAAGAAGCUAGAUAAAUUGGAGAAUGAAUUUUUACCUCAAGUAAUGGUUGACACCACCGAUAUUAUCUUUGACACUUUGAGAUUUCUCGAACCUAGCAGUAAGGAACUUAUUAUCGCCAAUACAGGCCAGGUACCAGUACAAUUUGAAUUUAUAAAAAAGUUGGACGAUACGAGCUACUGCAAGGAUUGGUUGCAUAUAGAACCGUAUACAGGCUUUAUAAAACCAGGUGAAAAAUGCGAUAUUAAACUAGAAGUAUAUGUGGACAAAAAGUCUGCGUGUAAAUUAAAUUCCGGUGAAGACAAGUUGUACGAUAUUUUAGUGUUACACCUCGAGGGAGGCAAAGAUAUUUUUAUUACCGUGACAGGUACUUACGAGAGAAGCUGUUUCGGCUCAUCCAUGGAAGCGUUGGUUCACAUUUCUGUUCCAAUUAGAGAAAUUCCUAUUGGACGAUUAGUCGAAUUGGAGAAUAAUAAAAAUCUCUCGCAAGAACCAUAUCCGGUGCCAAAAGAAAUCUGGCAUUUAGUGGACAGGUUGUAUCGACACGGUCUUAAAACGUCAGGGCUUUUUGAAACACCGGGUCUUCACAGUGAGAUAAUAGCUAUUCGAGAUUGGUUGGAUGAGUGGAGCCAAGAUCCAAUGCGUAUCCUUUUGGUAUUUCGAUAUGUACGAUAUACCUACCCUCUUUAUUCCUUGACAUUAAUUCCUCUUUGCAUAGCCGGUGGUGUACAUUCGGUAGCAGAGGCAUUACUAUUGCUUUUGGAAUCUACCGCUGAACCCUUGAUACCAUACAAUUUGCAUAGCGUUUGUCUGUCCGCGGCAACCAAUUAUUUACAAUGCAAACAAAUUGUAAUGCAGCUACCCGAGACUAGAAGAACCGUCUUUCUUUAUAUCAGCUCGUUUUUGCAAGAGUUAUUGAGCCAUACGCAGGAUAAUGAACUCGAUGCUAAGACCCUCGCAACGCUGUUCGGAUCGAUAUUUUUAAGAGAUCCGCCGAGAAGUAGGGACGAUCGCCAUCAGAGAAGUCGCGCGACUCAAAUCACCUUCGAUAAGAAGAAAGCUGCGUUUGUGUACCAUUUCUUGGUCAAUGACCAAAGCGAUUUUAUAUUGGGUCGAUAACCAGCGAUUUCAACGCUUAAAGUUCUCGAUACUUGAGUGGUACUACGAAUUUUUUAUUUAUAUACUUAAAAAUAGAGAAAAACUAAUUAAAUCGAUUAAUUUUACUGCAAUUAUUUUCACGCUUUUUAUAAUAAAUGUAGAGGAUAGGACACGUGCUACUUUACUCGUCGUAAUUAAAGCACUAUUUUGAGAACCGUGUAGGUAAUUCGAUAGGUAUUUAUUAUAAAUAGUUGAUGAAAUUUUGUAUAAAUAUAAUUGAUUAUUAAAAAUAAUUAUUUAUUAAA